GCCCCCGUGUACGUAGCCGGUGUUCUCCUCCACCCAGCCCUCCGAAAGAGCUAUCUGAGUGAGCAGUGGAAGAGAAACCCAGCGUGGGUUAGCAAUGCAGUGAAGUGUGUAAGAAAGAUUUGGUCGACAGAGUACAAGAGCUACCAGAUCCCAGAUAAACAACAGGAGAAAGGGCAAGAACUGGACGAGUUUGAUCGCUGGAGGCAGAAGGUGUACAGCACAGCGAGCGAAGUGAAGGAUGAAUUUGACCGCUUUAUU